AUGCUUAGUAUUUGUGAAGGUUUCCAGAUAUAUGUUCUUUUCUCUGGCAAUUCAUUUCAUAUGUCUCUUCGUUGGCAGUAUCAUCAGUAUGAUGUGGAUGAUGGGUUUCUAAAAUUGUUCGUUAUAUCUGAUGUAUUGCCAUUUUCCCUUUCUGUCAAGUUUUCUACCAAAUGCUUGACCUCGGAUCAUGUUUUAUUUCAUUCUGUGAAGAAUGAGAAACUGAGCAGUGACUGGCUGCGAUCGUCACAAUCUGGAGCUUCCUUAUGGGAGAAGAAAUUCUGCACAUCGGUUUGCUCAAUUCCUUGGGAAAAAGUUUGUUGGGCCAAAUUUUAUCUUUCUUCACAUAAAAACAUACUGAAUUGGGACGAUUCUGCGGCGUUCGAAGCUUUCCAGAACUCAAAAUCCCGUUACUACGCAGACAUUAAUGGUCUCCCUUUCGAGAUCCCUCUGCCUGACCCAGAUCAAUGUAUCGAUGAGGUUGAUCACAACGCUGUGAUUGAUACGAAACUGAUAGAAGAUUUGGAAAGUCCUCACUCACUUCCCGAGUUUGAUGAGAAAACUGAAGUCAUCUUUGAGAAUGAAGUAAUUCCAGUUACAGGAUGGGGCAAGGCUGUGGAUGGAAAUACCGAAGAACAACAUUCUGUGAAUUGGGAUAAGUUUGUGGAAAAAGAUGGGGGAAGUGAUACUCUAUGGAAUAGCGAAUGUAAUGAUCUGUGGAAGAAUGAGCAGGGUGCGAGAAACAGUAGGAAAAGAAAUGGCGAUGGCUACUGUGAACCGGUAUCUUCAAAAUCGAGGAAGAUGAACGAGCGCACUGAGGAGAACAUCGUAGGGUAUCAGUAUGAGAAGGUGAUGCGUGAUGAGCGGAAGAGAUCGACACGAGAGUCGAAGCCAAGGCGAUGUAGGCCUGUUCAUUAUAGGCGGUCACCUGAAUCAGGCAAUGCAUGGCAUUGGGAGAAGUCUGUAUCUUAGGCCGUCAGUGUUUUGGUUAUUGUUUCAUUUCUGUGAAAGUGUAAGAUCAUUUUUGCCGAUAGCAUAGAGCGUAUGUGUAGGUUGUUUUAUCAUAUGUAAUCAUAUGUAAGGAGAGUGUGGAAAAAGAACAGGUACACAUAAUAUAUGUACUACGAUCAAAUUUAUUUAUGACAAGAAGAGUCCAAGGAACAAUUUAUUUUGUAUUA